GACAAAAAUAAAAAUACUGAAGUCUAAACCGGAAAGGUGGGGCUAAAUUGAUAUAAAUGUGAGGUGGCCCUUAUAAUACUGGAAUAUUUCAACGUAAUGCUUGUUAAGUUAUCUUUCAAAGGGAAUCAUUAUAUUAGUGUUCCCCAUCUGACAGCUGAAGUUAAUGUUUUAACAAACAACUCUGUCGCUGUAUCAUCGAUUUAUACAAUAUGAUGCCUAACAGUGACAUACAGCCUCUCAAUUCAUCAGUAUUCAAGUUCAAGUAUUCAUUUGAAAGAUUAACUUAAAUUAACAAGCAUUACAUUGAAAUAUAUACAUAAAACGAAGAACUGUUAUGUAAUGAAAACCAACAAAAAUCACAUUCAUUUGUCUAGGAUCAGUCAUAUCCGUCUUUGUAAGACUAUGGUUCACGUAUAGUUCUAUUGUCAGGACGUCAGGAGAAAAGACACAAGAAUAAGUCCCUGCGACAGAGUUCAAUGACAGUGAGUUCACUUUUGACCAUCACAGCAUGACCGAUAUAAGCACUGAAUGGACGUUUGCGGUCAGACAGAUGCACUUUUACGCACUCCGUCUCCAGCCCUCACACUGCGCUCCUUUUACGCACACUGGAUAUUUGACUCCUCGGCAAGAUGUCAAACGUCAGAACACCGCAUUAUUCUAUAGUGUGAGGCUCGGUGUCAUUCAUUUUGGGCUCUUGUAGGGGGGGGCAGUUUGUUUCUCCUCCUCGUGCAGGAAAAGCCACAAGCUCAACAAUAGUUUCAGCGAGUUUUUUUUUUUUUGGUUUCCUCUCAACUUUAACUUUCUGUAUAUUUUUCAAAUAGGGAUUUCUAACUCCAGGAUUAACUUGAGCAUCGUCGGUAUUUGGUAUCAGGGAUACAUCACAGGGAGAUGGUGGCUGUGUCGUUCCUCUACGUGCUAUGCACGUGGAUGAGUUUCGUCUUUCCCUCGCAGGGAACCGGCUUUGUUUAUCACUUUCCAGGAAUCACUUUGCAGCGACAGCGCAUCGGAUCGGAACGCAGGGGCAGAACCGGACCGCCCGGUACCGGGUCCCGUUCCCAACUCAGGAACUGGUGUCAGCAUACUGUCUCCAGAACCGUGUCCUGUCAGGUACCCAACGGGACAGAAACCAGCGUGCAGAGAGUGUUUCAGGGCUGCCGAUGGCCCGGACCAUGCGGCAAAGUCAUCAGUUACAGGACCCUGAUCCGGCCGUCCUUCAAGGUUACCUACAAGCAAGUGACCGCGCUGGAGUGGAGAUGCUGCCCAGGGUUUGUGGGAGAAGAGUGUCGAGAGGAGUGCUUAAACUGCACCAGUUUCACUGACAUGAACAGCCGAAUAAAUGCCAUCGAAUCAAAGAUCAAGCUUUUAGGAGAGGGACACGCAUCGCUCCCCACGGGCGGCAGUUUGUCAGAGGGCUCAACGCACAACGAGGUGGUCGCUCCCAGACCCACCCCGAUGGGACCGCCGUCACACCUGCCGCCAGGGCCCAUGGGACCACCAGGGCUUCCAGGUUCUGCUGGACCUCCGGGUCCGGCUGGAAGACAAGGCCUCCCUGGACCCACCGGUCCAAAAGGGGACAGAGGUCUAGCAGGGGAAACAGGACUGCCCGGCCCACCCGGCCAACCGGGACCACCGGGACCGAGCUCCUCUCCUGCACAAGAGCGCGGUGACGUUUUUCACAAUCAAGGACUGAGAGGACCCGCAGGAUUACCAGGCCUGCCGGGGCGAGAUGGCGAGGAGGGCGUCCAAGGCACGCGGGGAGAUCCUGGGCGCAAAGGAGAUCCAGGAGAACGGGGCAGUCCAGGUGUAGCAGGCGAACGGGGCCUACCUGGAGCAUCUGGGCCAAAGGGAGAGCCAGGAGAAGGCUUGAUUGAGGGUGAGGCUGUGCAGCAGCUCAGGGAGGCCCUGAAGAUCCUGGCCGAGAGGGUCCUGAUCCUGGAACACAUGAUUGGCGUUCAUGAGAACACUGAAGGGUCUGGAUUUGGCAGCAUUUUGGACCCCCUGUCUUUCUCUUCCAUGAAGACCAAGCGCCUUCAACCUGUUCAAAGUAUUCUUCAAGCUCCAGUAAUGGGGGAGAGACAAAGACGAGCUCCCCUUUAAGGGUUUAGCCUAAUCUUGUAUUUAUGUGUGUAAUUGUGACGUAUGUGGCAACUUUUGCUUGAUUGGACAAACACCUUUUUGUUUACAUCAUGUUUCUCAUCAUAUCUUUUAUUGUAUGGCCCGUAAUUGUCUUUAUUAAUAGAUGUAAAAACGAAGAGAUGUUGAGCAUUUUAUCCAUAUGAGAGGUUUUAUUGAGCCUUUUUGACAGUGUUGCUGUGUGCUCUUAGUCUAUAUAACCUUAUCAGACGCCCUUGUAUAAUGUUUUACCAUAAAAUGUAUUAUCAUAAAAUGUUAUGAGGGUUUUGGCAUCAUUCAUUCCUCAGAUAACAGACUGCCCAGUAACUAUGUCAGUCUCCUUGGCUGAUGUUGCAAAGCUCCUCACACUGCAAUGUGAGUUCCCAAGAGCUUGACCCAAAAUAUAGUAUUUAGUGUCAAACACAUUCUUCUAUUGACCUCAGGGGUCAUCCUGUGUUGGCCUGUCCACCGUAUUUCUUCUUUUCUCCCCUUUCGGUCUCUCUUCAGUUGAUCUGCCUUGUUAAAACUGAGGUAAGACAUUACAGACUCCCAAGAAUAUCUGCUUAAAAUAAAGUUUGGUAAAAUAGCAUCUGGGGAACGCACAUCUGAAAAGCAAAAGGAGGAGACGCUAAGGCAGUUUUGGCCCGGAAACGACAAACCCUGCUCAGCUCCAGUGCACCUUUAUGCGCCCGGCUGAUGGAGCACCAAACGGGAUUACAUUCACUUCUUCAAGAACUGCCUCUGAGAUUUGUCUCCAAGCUGAUGUGAUUAUUGUACAAUAUGUCUCUGAGAGAGAGAGAGAUGUGUUGGUCUCUGAACAAAGCUCGGACCAUUCCCGCUUCCAGCUUUCUUAUCUCCAUUACAAAGUUCAUGUGAAUUUUCGGAGCUUAGCUCAUUCGUUAUCUUGAGAAAAGUUGGAUGAAAAGAUUGACACCACGUUGCUGUAUGUAUGCGACAUUGAUCCAGAGCCAGCUAGCAUGUUAGCACAAAGACAGUAAACAAAGGGUCUCGCUUUGACAAUAGGUAACAAGCUACCAGCACCCUGAAGCUCACCAAGGAAUAUCUGAUAUAAUUUGUGUAAAGACUAAACAUAACAUGCUUCCGAACGAUAAUCUGACUUUUUUAGAGUGGUGUGUUCUCAACUAUUUAUUUGCUCUGUGUAGUUUCCUGUGUUAAAACAUCAAGAAUGAGAUGGAAAAAGUAACAUCUAAAUAAAAUACAACAUUAACAUUGGUGAGCCAAUUAAACUACAUUUAGAAACUGUUGUCUGGUUCUGCUCGUUUAUUAACAUUUUGAACACUAUUACAUUAUUAUAUAUUUUUAAUUUAUUAUUAAGGGAAGAUAUUUGAGGGGAAAAACAUCUGCUCUGUUUCUGUGAAUUAAAGAAGUUCUUGAGAAGCUUUGAAGCAAACAUGUCCCUUUUGUUUGGUUAAUUCAAGUUUUAUUUUAGUUUGGAUUUGAGAUAUCAGGAGCUGCGCUUGUCUUUAAGUAAUAUAGAUUUUAUUGUUAUUAUUUCACUUCAGGACCUUAGAGUUGUUCAGACAAGAAGCCUCAUCCACAGGAUGACUUGAACCAAAUAAGAUGAUUCAUCUGAAAUACAUCCAGACUGUCUCCGAGUGAAGAAGAAGAUAAUUAGACAAUCAUGUUUAAACUAGACAGACAGGACUCCGGCUCUCGAGUAUGUGACGCCGUCCCCCCUGAUUUCGAAGUAUCAGAAUUCAGAGCAGAUGUUUUUAACCUGAAAGCAUCUCUCUGUUAUUUUUCAGACCAAUUAUCAAAUGUUACAGCGCCUACCUUGUUAGAUACUGUUUUGUGCAUCUUGUGCGUGUUGCCUUAUCUUUUAUACUAAACAAUGUUUAGCUGUGUCUUGUUGUUUCUUUUGCGAGACACUGUGCUCAGCAGAUAUUUAUCUGUAAUAAUUAUUGAGGUGAGAAUAAAGUCACAACAAAGGG